AUGGCAACAGAGCCCAACAAGAACUGGCCUAGAGAAGGCUACCGACCAGAAUGGCUGGCACUCGAGGACGCAUCUGGCGGCCGGUAUAUCAUGACAGGCGAUUGGUCUAUCGAUGUUCCCACGUAUGAUGCCGUCUUUGCCGGGCUUGCGAAGCAAUGGCCACCAUUACCUGAAGAACUGAAAGUCUGGGAUGAGCAGACUGACAGCCAAUAUGGUGACCUCCCUGUCCGAAUUUACAAGCCGGCCUCAGACAAACCGUUGCCUCUCAUGAUUUACUUUCCUGGUGGAGGAUUCAUUGCUGGCAAUCUUGACACCGAGGACGCCCAUUGCCGGAUAUUCGCCGCCAAAGUACCAUGUCUGGUCAUCAGUGUCGACUAUCCCAAAGUUCCCAAAGUCAAACUUGACGACAUCAUCAAUCUCGCUAACCAGGCGGUGCCUUGGUGUCGCAGCAGAGCCAAAGAGCUAGGAGAUGAUCCAACCAAGACACUCGUAUGCGGCGGUUCCGCUGGUGCAAUGCUCGCAGCAGAAGUAGCAUACCGCUUCAUGUCCGAGGGUGAUCAUACGUCCAUCACUGGCUGCAUCCUCCUGUUUGGCGUAACCCUUUCCUGGAAUUACGAGGGAAAAUACAAGCAUAUGUACACCUCAUGGGAAGACAAUGGGCACGCCGGCACUCCCGUGUUUGGUCUUGAGCUUGCCAAAUUCAUCUGGUCCCAUUUCGACAUCGACUUUGACAGCCCACGACACCUUAUCUGUCUCGCGGACGACCUAUCCAAGUUCCCUCCGUGCUAUAUCGUCAAUGCGGAAAAGGACUGCUUUCGAGACGACGGAGUUGUCUUGGACUACAGACUCAAAGAGAGCGGGGUUAAAAGCAAGCUCGAUUAUUACCAUGGUCUUCCUCACUAUUUCCAUGCCUUCCCCAAUCUCACUGUUGCCCACGAAAUGAUGGAGAGAGCUGUGGAGGGAGCUAGAUUCGUGUUGGAGUAG